AGGCAUUUGGCUGUUCGCGCGCCAUGGAGGGCGAGGUCCUGGAAGAGGACACGCUGCUGCGGAAGCUCAGGGACAGCCGCCGCCGCUUCCAGAGGCGCAUGCAGCAGCUGAUAGAGAAGUACAACCAGCCCUUCGAGGACGCCCCGGUGGUGCAGAUGUCCACGCUGACCUACGAGACGCCCCAGGGAUUGCGAAUUUGGGGAGGAAGAUUAAUAAAGGAAAGAAAUACAGGACAAAUCCAGGACUCCCCGGUGAAGACGGACGACAGGACAGAUGGACCCGUGCAAGUCCCAGCUGGAGGUCACGAGCUUCCCUUGCCCUGCACACAAGCUGAGGAUUCGAUAAGCAGUGAUACUGAUACAACCUUAUUCCAGGAAGAUGUGGUUGCUGGUAAUUUGAUGCCUGCAGUGCCCUGGAGCCCAUUGAAAAAUGAGCUAAGGAGGAAGUACUUGACGCAAGUGGAUACCCUGCUGCAGGACGAAGGGUGUUUGGAGUGUGCCGGUUACGGAGAGGGAAAGGACACCCGUGUGACCCUGGUCCCUUCGUUGGCCUCGCCCGCCGGGCCUGCCCGAGGAUACUAUGGUGACGUCUCUGAAGAGAGCCCAGGUGGCCCAUUUCAGCCAACUUCAUUGCCCAGAGAGGGUGAUGCUCCGCUCUCUUGCUCAGCAGGCCUGGCCCUGGUGCCGAGGGGUGAUGGCAUCUCCUUACAGGGAGGGACCGGUGGCAGCAGCUUCUCAAGCAGCCCAUGCUCUGAGGCCGAGGACAUCUGCAACGCGACACUCAGCGAUCUGUACGCGGGCAUGCUGCACUCCAUGAGCUGCCUGCUGGGUGUGAGGCCCUCCUGCGUCAUCUCCACCAAGACGUUCAUCCGCCAGCACUGGAGCUCCAAGCGGAGGCACAGGUGUAAGAGCAGAAUUAACAGAACGAGCUGCAGAGGAGGCGGGCGCUCUCGGAGGAGCCCCCAGGAGAGGUGUGCACCCAGCUCCGAACCUGCGAAGGACGUGGCAGUGUUCAGAGAUCGCAAGAACCUACUCGAUGUUUCUGGCCAUAAGAUGGGUUUAAAACUGGGAAGGGCUUUUGAAGUAAACAAACCCCAGAUCCACGCAUUCGCUUCACAUUGGAAGGAGCUUCCGAGAACGCCUCAGAAGCAUUAUUCUUCACUGACUUACUUAGACUCCAAUGCAGUGUAUCAUCUUGAUCAGGAAAAUAGAUUCAUGACAUUAAACUGGUUGAUUUCUCCUGUAAAAAUAGGUUCUAGACCCAGAGUACCGCCGAGCGAGGGAGGGAAUCGUUAUAGGGAGAUCGAAAUCAGAUUUGACAAGCUUCAUCAGGAAUAUUGCUCGACUCUUAGGAAGCAGCCCUGCCUGACUUACCUUCCCGGCUCCUUGGCUGUGGAUGUGUACAGAGGUGGUCCAGCAAGCCCUGGUAGCCCACAGGGCGUAGAAGCCCACAGGCCGAGUAGCCCUCUCCGCAGAGCAAAAGCUAAGAGGUUGAGUGAGGCUUUUGAAAGCCUGGGCAAAAGAUCUAUCAGGGAGGGUAGCUGCCCACCAAAGAGUGACUCCUUCCCCUCCCCUUCAAAGACCAACUCCACGUGCAGCCCGGGCCACUCGGAGCAGGCCUCUGAGCUUGCUUGUCAAGGAAAUGAUCUGGGAGGACUUAGGAAGUCAGUAUCGCUCAACAAAGCCAUUUCAGUACCCAGGGUACAACCUCCGGUCUAUGCCAGGGAUCGUUACGAUGACAUUAAAGAAAAAUUUGACAAGCUUCAUCAAAAGUAUUGCCAGAAAUCGCUUCAGCAGACGCAGGUGCCUUCGUGUACCAGAGCAUCUCCAGAUAAAGCAAGUGUGGGAGUUCGGUAUCAAAAAGAAGACUUCUUAGGAAAAUUCGAUCCAGACUCUGGCUCCCAGGGCCCCCGAAACUUGUCAUCAUCACCCCAGCAGAGCAUUAAAAGUCCCCUCGGCGCAAACACAAUUGGGGCCCCUUCGUCUACAGGCUUUGCUCUCGAUGCUGGCUGGGGCCAUCAAGUCCCCACAAAACGACGCCGAUUAUCAGACCCUCAGGUGUGCAGACGGUGGGCUGGACCCUGGGAUUUCUCACCUGUGGACAGAGCCAUCCCGAGGCCUGGGGAAGAGGCUGGCUCUUUACAGCCCACCUGGGAAGAGAAGAAGGUGCGUUUCUGUUUGUCGAAUGUGGGUGUUUUGCAACAGGAUUCUUAGGUGUUAAUUUUCCGAACUUCCUCCCAAAUUCUUUUCCUUCCUCUGAAAUCAGCAUUUUUACAUAUUUUCUAUUGGAAUGCAUUUAGGGGAUGUUUCUAAAAAGCUUCCCUCAAGACACUAUCCCAUCCUUGUCAAACUGUCACUUCCAGCCUCUUCACCUCACACUCAGAACGUAGCUGUUGCAGGCAAAACUGAUCUAGAAUUGACGCCUCUGACCCCUUCUGGAUCCCUCCUGGGGACAGCAGGAGUCAGCCCUUGGAGAACCCCCAGCAGCAUCCCACACAUGUGAGGGGCCGGACCACACACUCCUGCUCGGCCCACGGUCUCCUGUCCUCCCCACUGAAGCCCACCUGCUUCCCAACCUCGGCCACGGUUUAGCUUGUGCAGGUGCCUUAAGCUGAAGCUUUACCCAGCAUGCACCAUUGUAUCCUCUCCAGAGGCAAGCCGUAGUGAGUGGUUAAAUUUUCUCACGUGGGUGCAGCUUUCCCAGCAUGCAUUUCAGCGUGUCGCACGCAGGGAUUUGGACGAUGGAUCCCGAGUCCGUGUCACUUGUCCACUGGCUGAUGGGAUCUGACUGAGUUUGGUUUGGCCGGCUCCUUCUGGAACUACAAUAUAAACAUACUUAACCAUUUUUCUGUAUUUUCUUUUCUUUC